AUGGCUGUCAUGAUUUAUGGCAUUGUGUUGUUUCCAUCAGUGGAAAAUUUUAUGAGUUUGUCGGCCAUUUGUGUCUUCAUGAAUAAAAACCAUGUGCCAACAUUGCUUGCAGACACUUAUUUUUCUAUCCACUCUAGGAAUGGGAAGGGAGGAUAUGUCGGAGGUUUUUGUCUCUCGUUGUUGGAUAGGUGGUUUAUGUUGCAUUUUCUAGUGAAAGGACCAUUUGUACUCAAGAAGGGUUCUCUUCGUUGGUCAGACAAGCUUAUUAAUCUUACUUCUUAUGACAUCAAGUGGAAUUAUUGUGUGGGGAAGGUUCUAAGCAUUAUUACCAGUUGCGGUCAAUACCCCAAUGUCCCUCUCAUGGGAACUAGGGGUUGUAUUAAUUACAAUCCUACACUUGCAUACCGCCAACUGGGAUAUGCAAUGGAAGGUCCUUCGAAAGAUGCAGAAAUAGCUGAAUCAGUGUAUUUUACCGAUGGUAAAGAUCCGACGGAGCUAGAGAAGAUAUCACAAGCUUGGACUAGAGUUCAAAAGAACGAUCAAACCACUCUAAGUAAAAAGGUUCCUAUUUCUAUGGGUCCUUAUAUGGAUUGGAUCAAGGCGAGAGUCAAAGAUUUGUUGUUGCCAUUUGCAAAGUCAGACCCAUUGUAUGAACAACCCCCUAUUGUCCUAUCUGAUACAAUUCCUGCUGAGCUCUACACUCAGGCUAAGGCGGAUAACAUCAAGCUCCAAGCAAGAGAUAGGGAGGUCGAUUUGGAGAAUUAUUUUUGA